GAGAAGGAGAAGCGGCAGACGGCGGCGGCGAAGAAGCAGACGACCUACGGCGUGCCGAGCCUCGGCGGCCCCUGGACGCUCGUCGACGCCGCGGACGGCGCGGCGGUCACGGACGCGAGCUACCGCGGGUCGUACGUGCUCAUGUACUUUGGGUUCAGCAAGUGCCCGGACAUCUGCCCGGCGGAGCUCGUCAAGGUCGGCGACGUGCUCCGGCGCCUCGACGGCCUGGCCGGCGCGCCGGCGGUGAAGCCGCUCUUCGUGUCGCUCGACCCGAAGCGCGACUCGCUCGAGCAGCUGAGGGCGUACGCGUCGGACUUCGACCCGCGCGUGUCCUUCCUCACGGGCACGCCCCAGCAGCUCAAGGCCGCCGCCAAGGCCUACCGCGUCUACAGCUCCAUCUCCGACGACGACAAGGACGCCGACGACUACCUCAUCGACCACAGCAUCGUCCUCUACUUCCUCGGCCCCGACGGCAAAUUCCUCGACUUCUUCACGCAGGCGACGGAGCCGCCGACCAUCGUCGAGAAGAUCUGCGCCCAC